AUGAUCAACGCAGUCCUCGUCUUCAAUAACAAUGGCCAGCCCCGGCUAACCAAGUUCUACACAACCCUGGACACCCAAACCCAACAAUCCCUCAUCGCCCAAAUAUACCACCUAGUCGCCCAGCGCCCUUCCAGCGCCUGCAACUUCCUCCCCCUCCCCCCGCUCCUCUCCCAAGGCGCCGCAAGCUCAACCGGGCCCUCCGACGCGCCCACCCAAAUAACCUACCGGACCUACGCCACACUCUCCUUCAUCAUGAUCUCCACAUCUACCGAGUCCCCGCUCGCGCUGAUCGAUCUCAUCCAGGUCUUUGUCGAGGCAUUGGAUCGGAUGUUUGAGAAUGUCUGCGAGUUGGAUCUGAUCUUUGGGUAUGAGACUAUGCAUGCGGUGUUGAGUGAGAUGAUUGUUGGCGGUGUGGUUGUUGAGACGAAUAUUGAGAAGAUUGUUGCUGGGGUACGGAGUCAGGAGGGGACGAUGGGGAAAAAGAAGGCUGUUCAGGCUGCGAGUGCGAGUUUGGGACGGGGGGCGCUGCCGGGGUUGGGGGCGUGGCGGUGA